GGCGGCGUUUAGUCGGAGCAGUUUAAUGUAAGUUUUUUUAUACGUUGAGGGGAAAUUAGCCGCGCUCAGAAUGGACAUUCCAAUCAAAUGCAUUUUUCUGUCUACUGUGUGCAUCUUCACAGCGGAGGCUUACGGAGGAUCUGGAUACACCCCAUUAGAAGAUGAUGAAGAUGCUUAUGCAAAUGAAGCACGUUACGCUAAAUAUGAAGAUAUUCCCAGGUGCGCUCCUCUAAAGAUCAAAAAUGGUUAUGUCCGUUGCAGAACACCACAAGGUGGAUAUUACAAAAAUGUACAAGGAACAAUGUGCGAUAUUUCUUGCCAAAAAGGAUAUGAAAUUCAUGGAACUGGCCGCGUCCAUUGCCUUUCAAGCAAACGCUGGUCACAAACAGUUACUUGCAGAGAAAUACGAUGUCCUAAGUUUUCAUUGCCUCUCCAUGGAAGUGCAAAGUGCUCAGAUGGAGCAUAUUUUAACUCGAGGUGUGAGUUUUACUGUACCCCUGGAUACCAAGUUAGAGGACAAAAAAGUGUGGUUUGCAUGCACAAUAAAAAGUGGAGUGGAAAGGAACCAUCUUGCCUCGACUUAGACCCACCAAAAAUAAGGUGUCCCAGCCUGAAGGUAAAGACAGCUGAACCCGAAAAGCUGACGGUGCGGGUGAACUGGGAUACCCCGGAGGGAAAGGACUCUGCUGAUGGCAUUUUGACCAAUGUCAUAUUAAAAGGCCUUCCUCCUCGCUCAGAAUUUUCAGAAGGUCAACAUAAAAUUCAGUAUACUGUUUUCGACGGGGCUGGAAACAAAGCAUCUUGUCAGUUUACAAUUAAAGUGGAGGUUAGACGCUGUGGGAAGCUCUCUCCACCAGAUAAUGGCUCCAUGAAAUGUACCAGUGAUGGGGAUAACUAUGGGGCAACCUGUGAAUUUUCUUGCAUGGGCGGCUAUGAAUUACGUGGAAGCAAAGCAACCGUCUGCCAAUACAACAAUAUCUGGUCAGCAGCAGUGCCAUCCUGUGCACCUAUGCACAUUAAUGUGGGUGUUACUACAGCAACAGCACUUCUGGAUCAGUUCUAUGAAAAGCGUCGUUUGCUGAUCAUAUCGACUCCGUCUGGUGCCAACCACUACUACAGAUUCCAGCUUGGAAUAAUUCAGCAAGCCAUAUGUGGCUUUGACUUGAGGCAUGUGACAGUUAUAGAACUAGUUGGUGUUUACCCCGUGCUAAUAGGGAGAAUAAGAGAAAGGUUCUUGUCACCGCCACUUGUUUUACAGCUGAGAUUGCUGCUUCGGAUUUCACAAUCGAGCUUCAAUAUGGUCCUUAUUGACAAGUACGGUAUGGACAAAGAGCGUUACCCUUUCCCAGUCACAGCUGCUGAGCUCUUCACAUUGAUCGAUACAUUUUCCCUACGAAAAGAAGAAAUCAAGUUGCAAAUUGAAAAUGGUCAGUCAUGCAAUUGAUUCCUGAAGCUCAGAAUGAUCCUCCAAUGAAAUUGCGGUUUAUUAAGUGCAUUUUUAUACUCUCUACACAAAUAUUGAAAUGCUAUUAAUAUAUAAAAAGUGCCAUACCCUGGAACUUUUUUGUUUAGUUUUUCAGAGACUUUUGCAACAUUAUUUUAUUGUUAUGAAUAUAUAAGGAAUUGUGCAUGAUAUAAUUUAUGUUGCUCUUUCAUUUAAAACUGUACAACAGGUGUCCUAGAGUUAUACAGCAUGGAAAAAAAACCUUCUAUCUGAUCCACACCCAUCAUGUUACCAAACUAAACUAGUCCCACCUCCCUGUGUUUGGCCCUUAUGCCUCCUUACCUUUCCAAUUUAUGAACUUAUCCAAAAGUCUUUUAAGCGUUGGAACUGUACCUGCUUCAGCCACUUUCUCUGGCAGUUCAUUCCACACACGAACCACACUUUUUAAAAAAAAAGUUGACCUCACGCCCUUUUUAAAUCACUCUCCUGUCAUCUUAAAAAUAUGCCCUCUAGUUUUGAAUUCCCCCAUCCUAGGGGAAAAUAAAUUCCUUGUCAUUCACCUUAUCUGUGCCCUUCAUGAUUUUAUAAACCUCAAACUCAUCCUUCAAUCUCCUGCACUCUAGUGAAAGAAGUCCCACCCUUUUCAGUCUACUUUUUAUAUCUCAAAUGCUCCAUUCCUGGCAACUUCCUGACAAAUCUUUUCUGAACCCUCUCCAGUUUAUUAAUAUUUGAAAUAGUGUGCUAGGAAAGAUUUACCUAAGAUUAGAUAUAUACCAGAAUUAUUUAUUCUAUUGUUUUCACAUCUUUUAAAAAUUAAUUUUAUGUUAGUGCAAUAAUGAGCAAUUAGUGUUGAUUCUUGUUAACAGAUGCCACUUUAUCUCGUUGCUGUCGGUCUUUUCUUCUGCUGGUUGAAUCCAUUGAUUUAACAGUAUAUCGCUGAUAUUAAGUUCUAUUUACUGCAUAUUGCUGAUUUUCAUCCUGACUAUUGUAUAGAAAGUGGAGAUCCAAGUUUUCUGAGUACUUUCAGUGCUUUUAGAGCCAGGUGACAUAUUUCAAUGUAAGUUUAAGAUGGCAAUAAUUACUUUUGCUGGGUGUUAGAGGGAAGAAUAGAUGUAAUGAGCACAUCAACUGGUAGUCUGAAUUUUCAUAUAGCAAAUGCCUAUUGGUGAGCAAUCCAAUACAGUUUAGUUCAGCCAAGCCAUAUGAUAUUGCAUUAUAUUAGUUCAUUUUCUGCAUGAACAUAGUAGAAAUGGAUGCAAAGGUAAUCUUUGUAUUGAAGAAAUAAUGCACAAUAAUUGGCAUAAAUGUAGUCACAUUCUCUGUGUGUAUGUGUUGA